AUGCAGAGAGUCACGCGGUCGUGGCACCAGUGCCACAUCGGCCACCGAAGUCACUACUCCAUCGAGCGAUUGCUCGCGUUUCGAGACUACCACGAGCGCACAUCAAACUGCCGAGCGACUGCUGUGUGUCUGCUGUCGUCGCUCCCAGAAUUGGCCGUGACGCUCGCCAUCGACUGCAUCCCGCUACGAACCCCGUCAACUGACUGGAGAGAGAACAAUCACAUGUGGGUGCGAUGGUUCCUCGCCCUGUUUGGGAUUGCACUGAGGCUGGCAGCUCACUUGAAACAAACGAUACCAGGAAACUUGAUCUCCACCUGCAGAGCGCUCAGUAUUGCACUAGCGACGGCCAUUUCGUGCGUCGUUUUACCCAUCCUUUUAGCCGCAACAUGGAGAUUUCCAAUUCCGUUCGGCUACGUGCUGCUAGUGGCUCCUUUCGUCUCGCUCUUCUGGUUCUUUACUGGCUUGACAAUCGGCCGUCGGACUCUAUCCAAGUCAUCCGUUCUUCGCCAAAACAUCAAGACUCACCUGCUAAUAAAUUGCACGCAAGGUUUCGUGGCCGUGGCGUGUCCCGUCUUCAGCGCGGUAUUCACCCAUUUAUCGGGGACGAAGCAAGCUGCGUUCGUGUUUGUGAUGCCCAUCAUCAAGUUUACUACCAAGCAAGUGAUAGCGACUGCGGCUGCAGACCUCCACGAGUACAUUGGCCCCAUUGUGGUGCUGUCCGUAGACCUGUUUAACGGCUACUAA